GCAGGAGCUCUCCUCCCGUUAUACGUUACAGCACUGCUGCAUGGACUUAGUCGAUACCUUCUAUAGACAUUUUCUGGCUGCACGUACAUUUAUUUGAUUUUUUUUUUCUGAAAAAGGGGGGGAAAGCUUCUUUUUUUUAAAACAAUAUGGAAAAAGAGAGAAGAUCCUCCAAGCAGUACGACUCUUUGGAGAAGACGCAGGUGGAAGGAGCGGCGGAGAAAUCAACAGAGGAUGUAAUUUCGAUGGCUGACUCCACAAUUACGACCGAGGACAUUGAAGGAGAGCUGUGCAAAAUUGAGCGGAUAAGAGACAUCCUGGUCCGGAGGGAAUCGGAGCUCAGAUACAUGAUGGAUGACAUCCAGCUCUGCAAAGAAAUCACAAGACUGAAGACGGAGCUUCAGAAACUUGUCUCUAUUCCAGACAAUGACAAGUCCAAGGAGGACAGGGUGAGGGAGGAAGAGCUGCUGCAGCAGAUCAACAAGCUGGUGGAGACCAGAGACUUCCUCGUGGAUGAUGUGGAGUUCGAGAGGCUGAGGGAACAAGAGGAGGACAGAGAAAUGGCCACCUUCUUACAGUCCAAAUUUCCCAAGACAUUGGCUGCAAAAGGUGCUUUGCAAGAUCAAACAGUGGCGUCCAAAGCCCAGCAGACAACAGCGCCAUUUUUCACUAAAACUGGACUUACACUUCUGAAAGACUGCUGCAGCUUCACCUGCUCCGUCAUGUAACACCGUCCAGGUGAAAACAGAGGAUUGUGUGUGUGUGGAUGCCCAUGUGAGCCUCCCCUGAGCUUUCAUGUGUAUAUUGUAUGUCUGCCCUGCUAAGAAAGAUGAUCUGCAUUAAUCCACAUGUGCAUACAAUGUAAGAGAUGCGUAUUAUUCUUAUUAUAUAUUAUGCGACUUGCUACUGUGAAAUACUGCGUUUGUAUGUGUUGCAGGAGGGAAGCUUCCUGGCUCAUAGAUAUAAUGCUUUUUGUCCAAUUAAGGUAAUUAGAUACUAUUAUGGCUGCUCCGACUGUGUGUUUGUGAUGUAUUCGAUGCAGUAAGAGUAGACCACUACACUUGCUUUAGUACUGUAGCAGACUAUUAUGUCAUUUUUGGGACUGCAGCUAUAGUGAUUACUUUCAUCAUUGAUUCAUACUUUAUUUUCAUCAUUCGGUUAAUUGUUUGGUCUAUAAAGUGCAGUAGCAGUACAUCAGAGAAGAGAUAUGUGUAGAUAGAGCUGAACAGUAACGCAGCAGACCACAACUUAAACCAAAGUCUUUCUCUGAAUCGGAUGUAAUUAGUCAUUAAGUAAUAUGUCUUAGUCUGUUUUGUAAGAAAAGAUUUUCACAUACUGAACAAAAAUAAUUAAAUGUGAACAUGUAAUCUAUUUUGUGUGACAUAUCUUUGCAAUGUUGUUAAAAUAAAGACUUUCAAUGCAACAACACAAUAUAUGUUAUCUUCAUAAUGUUGCACAAAGUGAUUCGAAUUUUUGAAUGGUUAUUCAAGAUGCGAUCUUCGGGGGGUGUUCAGAAAGAAGCGGAAGCCAGGACUUAAACACCCGACCCACUCCAAAGAGCAUCCUGCCAACAUCCUGUGUGUUACUGCCAUGACAA